GGGGCGCGGCCGAGGGCCGGCGGGGUUGGGGCCUGCGGGGCUGCGGGGCGGGGCCGGGGCGCGCGACCUGGAGGAGCGCGGCAAGCGGGGCUCCCGCAGGGCCUUCCCGGCCCGCGGCUGUGCCCCCCGCGCUGGGCGGCGCCCAGGCCCGGGCGCGCGGCGGGAGCGGCAGCAGGACGCCCGGGUGCGUGUCCGGGGCCGCGGGCCUCCCUCCGGGAGACGAUCCCUGGGCGCAGCACCCGCGCUCCUCGGCGUCCCCGCCCGGAGGCGACCCCCGGGUGCGCGGUUACGUGCCCGCUCGCCCCCCGAGGGAGGCCUCCCCGGGCCGGCACAUGGCGGCCCAGUAGGUGACAGGGCCGGCGUCCCUUUCCCGGGAGAGGCGGCCGCAGCACCUUGACCGGGGGCCCCGCCGGGGGCGUGCCCGGCCCGGAAGGGGCUCGCGUUCCCACCGGCCGCGGCCCGGAGCGCGGCCCUGCGCCUUUAAGGCGGAGCGCGCCGGGGAGCCCCGCCCCUAGAAGCGCGCGGCCACCAUUGGCUGAGGCCGCCGCAGGGUGGCACGUGGGCGCCUGCCUCGAGCGCUCCGAUUGGAGCCAAAGCCCGCCCGUCUGCGCGCGCCGGGCCCGCGCCCGCCCCCGGCCCCGGCGUCCGACUCUCGGGUCCUCCACGUUCCACUCGCAGGCGGCCUCGGGGCGCGGCCCGAGCGGCCCCCUGCGUCCCCCGGCCGGGGCGCCGAAGCCGAGACGCAGCCCGGGAGCGAGGGGCGGGUGCGGGGCCGCCGGCCCCACCUGGCAGCCGAGGCCGGGCGCCUGCCGCGAGCAGGGCGGGCCCAAGUCCUUGGGCUUGAGUUGGCUCUGAGCUCAGGGUCAUCUGUUCAGGCGUCCUCAGCGAGAGAGCCCUGCCUGGCCAUCUGACUGGUCCCCUGGGCUUGUCCCCUGGUCACACACCCCCUCAGCGCUCAGGACCCGAGGGCAGGUCUCCUGUAAGAAUCUGGAGCUGGGGCUCAGCGCCCUGGCCUGGCGGAGAUGCUGGCCGCCCCCGCCUGGCACUCUGGGCUCCUCAGUCUAACCUGUCCUCCGCGCACCUGCUCCAUCUUACAGGCAGAGCGGCCAUGGCGGAGUUCUCCCAGAAUCGGGGCAAGCGGCGUGACGGCGCGGUGCUGGGCGGCGCUGUGGACUUCCUCCUGGCCAACGCCCGCCUGGUGCUGGGUGUGGGCGGGGCCGCUGUGCUGGGCAUCGCCACCCUGGCUGUGAAGCGGCUCAUCGACAGGGCCACCAGCCCUCGGGAUGAGGACGAUGCCAAGGGGGACACCACCUGCCUGGAGGACGGCUGGCAGGAACUGGGCCUGCUCAAGGCCACGCCGCGCCUCCAGCCCCCGCCCCCGCCUGCAGCCCUCAGCCAGCCCGUGCCACCCCCGGCCCCCUCACCCUCUGCCCCAGCCACCAGGUCACGUGGCCCGUGGAGGGUGGCACUGGAGCACGGUGGCAGCGUCAUGAUGGGGGCCCUCAGAUGGGAGCCUGUCUCCCGCUCUGCGCGAAGCCAUCUCAGCCUCAGGGCAUUGGGGAUCUGGGACGAUGAAAACUUGUCAUCGAGCACCCGCCCUGUGUGUGGACCUGAGCUCGGUGCUUGCUUUGAUGGUCACAGGACAGGCCCCCUGCCCCUUCCCUCUGCAGAGGGACCCGCAGACGCAGACCCCCCGAGGUCGCCUCCGCUCAGCUCGCCAGCGCCGUCGCUGUGCCUGACCUUCCAGGAGAGGCUGCUGGCGUUCGAGCAGGACCACGUGAUCAUGCCAGUGGCCCACGUGGCUCUGGCCAAGCAGCUGGCUGGCGACAUUGCCCUGGAGCUGCAGGCCUACCUGCGGAGCAGGUUCCCAGAACUGCCCUUCGAGGCUCUCGUGCCUGGCGGGCCGCUCUACGACGGGCUGCAGGCAGGGGCCGGCGACCCCGUGCGUCUCCUGGUGCCCCUGGCGCUGGAGCCGGGCCUGUGGAGCCUGGUGCCCGGCGCGGACACGGUGGCCCGGGACCCUCGCUGCUGGGCCGUGCGCAGGACUCAGCUUGAGUUCCGGCCCCGCGGGAGCAGCCCCUGGGACCGCUUCCUGGUGGGUGGCUACCUCUCCUCCCGGGUCCUGCUGGAGCUGCUCCGCAAGGCCCUGAUCGUCUCCGUCAACUGGCCGGCCAUCGGCAGCCUCCUCGGGUGCCUGAUCCGGCCGCGCGUGGCCUCGGAGGAGCUGCUGCUCGACGUGCAGCACGAGUGCCUGGAGCUCACGGCGGCCGUGCUCCUGGCCGUCACCGGCGCCCAGGCCGGAGACCUCCUGCUGGCCUGGCCCCUGGAGGGGAUGGCUGGCAACCUCUGGCUGCAGGACUGGUACCCGGCAGAGGCCGCCCGGCUGCGGGCCCUGGAUGAGCGCGACGCUGGGACCCGCCGGCGGCUGCUGCUGCUGCUCUGCGGAGUCUGCCGCGGGCACCCGGCGCUGCGGCGGCUGGGCCGGGGCCACCUGACGCAGGUGGUUCUGCACCUGGGCGAGCAGGAGGCGGACUGGGCGGAGGCGGCCCUGGGGGCGCACUUCCUGCAGGCGCUGGAGCUGCUCGUUGGCAGCCUGGAGCAGGCCCGCCUGCCCUGCCACUUCAGUCGCGGCGUGAACCUCCUGGCCGGCCUGCGGGAGGAGGACAUCGACGACAUGGGCUACGCGCUGUACUGCGGCCUGCAGGCCCCCGAGGGGCUGCUCUGAGGGGCGGGCACGGGCGCGGGCGGACGCCUCCCUGCAGGGUGGAGAGCACUUUGGCCUUGCUUUUAGCCAGAAGGAGACGGCACCGGUUGGCGUGGGCUUGGGUGGCCCGCACUCCCACUCAGCCCUCGGCCUGAGUAGCCGCAGGGAGUCCUCAGCAGGGGUGAGGCUGCUCCCGCCUUCUGUCCCGAGGGCGAGGUGUGCUUCCCCUGGUGCAGGUCUCUCGGGGCUGCUGGGCGGUAGACACUGCACGUUUGGUCCCCCAGGGGCCCGUCGCCUAGGGGACCAAACACGCCUGUAACCCUCAGAACGCAGCUUGGCUGACUCACAGGCUGGCGUUUUCUAUGCCGUGUGCAUCUGGUUUGCUCUCUAGCCUGGACUAGUGGGGGCUCACCUGGGGAGGGCCUGUCCCUUCCCGCUGGGCGCACUUUCUCUUCCCGCAGCGGAGGCCUUGGGAGAGCCCCUUCCUCGCUGGGGGAGUGGAGGCGCUCUGUGCUGCCCAUCUGGCCUGGAGCCAAGGGUGUCCCCCCCGCUGCUGCUGGGCCCUGCCCCGCGGUGCCAGCACCAGCUGCCCUAGCUGACCCUGUGCUUUCCCUGAAGCUGGCAGGGCUGGGGGGCUGGGGGGGAGCUCGCUGCUCCUCCCAGGCGCUUCUCCUGUCUCUGGUAGCCUUCCUGCUGAAGCAAAGCUGUGCGCCAAGGACCGUGAAUGAGAAUAAAAAGGAAAAAUUCAAACAUCCGUGGGACUCA